AGACACAAUAUUUUCAAAAUGAGAGUGUUGACUCUGUAUGCGCUGUUGGUUCUUACUUUCUUGCAGCUAAGUCUCGGUAGGAAGUUCAAAGGUGAAAGACAGGCUCAAGAUAAGCUGGAGAAGUCAGAAAUACUUAAACCGCUGUUGAAAGAUUUGGACACAGCAAAAAUAAAGAACAAUACCCAUGCCAUAUCAAAAAGAGGAUUGGGGUCAUUAUUUGUUUUCGGGGUUACAACGACUAUACGCUUAGGAAGUCUCGCAGUAAAUAUUGCAGGUGCUGUUACAAAGGGAUGUGCCUUCUUCCCUAGAAUGUGUGAUAACAUAAAGGCUAUGGAAAAACUGGAGGAAGAAAUCAAUAACGAAAAGGAGGAGUUAAAAAAAAUGUUCAUAAAACAUAAUAAAAACUUCGUGGACUUUCGUUCCGCAUACACCAAUAACGGUUUUAUUGAGUAUUAUAUUAAUGAAACAAUAAAAAAGAUUUCAAGCAUCCGCGAAAGGCAAGAAGACAUUAAUGCCAAACUUGAAGCAUUUUUCCCCACAUCAGUCGAUUUAACAGACAUUGCAAUAAAAGGGAACUUCACCAAAUAUCUAUCAACAUUAAGUAUGCAACGUCUGGAAUACUCGUUAAAUGACAUCCAAACUAUGCUACAAAAACAACAACAAAUGCAGAUUAUUGGGAUAGUCGCUCAGUUACUCGUUGAGUCUGCUAUAAAUUCAUUUGCAAAGUCAUUUCAAAAAGCAUACCAGCAGGUUACAGAGGAUCUGUUCUCCGGAAGUCAAGUUCAAGCCAUGCUAGGGGAAUUUGAGCAAACCUCAAAGUCUGCUACUAGACAAAAAUUGAUAGCUGUUCCAAAAGCAUUAAAACAGAUGGCCAAAAAUGCACGGGAUGCAGUUCUAAAAGGGAAAACAGCAUUUGCAGAAAAAUUAAAAAACGCUAAAACAAUGUCUGCAGAGAAAUUGAAAUCUCUGAAAAAGGCUUUUACCAAGGAAGCAUGGAAAGGUAUUGGAGGAAAUAUGAAGGAAAAAUUUAAAAAUUCAUUGAAGAACAUGAAACUGAAAGCAAAAAUUGCCAAGGGAAAAUUUAGAGCAAAACUCGAUAAGGUAAAACAAUUUAAAAUGUCAAAGCUAAACAUCGGCUUAUCAGUGGUUGGUGUCAUUUCUGAUGCUGUUUCUAUCGGACUGAACAUAGAUGCUUGGAAAAAGAAAGAUAAAGAAGUUGCAGACGCCAAAAAGAACUUUGAAGACCACCUUGCAGAUUUAAAAGAAAACAAAAAUAAUUUACAGGACGUGAUAAACAAUCUGAAGGGAGAGUGGGAAAAAGUAAUUAAAACUUUCAAAGAUUCAUCAGAAACAUUUGAAUCUGUCAUGAAAAAUUUGUCCCGAUAUAAUGAUUUCGUAGAUGUGGUAGGUUUGCCGCGCCUUGCAAUAAACGAAACGAAAAGCUUACUUUCUGUGAAUUAUCAAGGAGUAAACAGGGACAAUAUACUUAGAUUCCAAAGUUCCGUCCUCGAGUUCUUAAAUGGGAAUAAUAAUAAUUUGACAGCUAUCAGCGAAGCUUUACGAGCACGAUCCAUACUGUACGAUUAUGUUACCGAAAAUACGAACAGAAGUAAAGGAAUUUUGCAGAUGACUGAAUUUCUUCACUCCUUAUACCGACUUGAUGCCUCUUCAGAAGUACGCAAUUACGGUGCCCAGUUGACAAAGAAGGAUGUUGUCUGCACGGUUGCAAUACUAAGGGCAGAUAGAAAAUUCUACGAUUACUAUCCUUUAGCACCAUUUAUACCCCGUUGUGAAGUUAACGAUACAUUUUAUUCGAUGAUGGACAAAGCAGCUAUAAAACAGCAAAAUAUGAGGAUUAUGAAUGACGUCAUAGACACUGAAUUUGAAAGAGAAUCUGUGAUUGGCUUAAGCGAAAUGAUGUCAGCCAUACGAAACGCAUACCAGUUUCAAGGCGAACAAUCUCUUCGUUCUUUUUCCAGUUCAAUAACCGAAAAAGAUGUAUUAUGUCAAAUUUCAAGCAAAUAUACAGCUAUCACUGACUAUGAUUUCAUUCCACUUUCAUUUUUUCGACUUAACUGCCCUGACAUAUCGGAUGAAGACCUAAAGAAAAUCAAAGAAAAGGCAUCCGAACUGAAAAUGCUACAUGAAAAUAUGAAAUCCAUAAUGGAAACAUGCACUACAUGGAAAUUUUGUCCGUGUAUUUCUAACAUAGCUUCUAAAAUUGGAGCAGAAGAAGAAGAUAUCAAAGCGGCGAUAAAACAGAUGCUACCAGAGAAGAAAACUUACUGUGGAAGCACUGGGUGCAAAUGUAUAGAUCUGUGAUUUAUCCUCCUAUAAAACCUUAGAUGGCUUAAUGAUUUUUUUAAAGAUACUUGUGUAGUUUUACUUGUAGCCUAGUGUGUUUUUUAUUGUAUUUUUUUAUGUGUGUAUAUUUUGAACAUUAGUAUUGACAUCAGUGCACGUAAAGGUCAUUCCUCACCACGGGGUUAACCCAGGUUAAUUGAUAUCCACAACAUUUUGACUUGAGAAAUCCAUUUUUUACAUUCAAGAUGUCGCUGAUUUGGCCACUUGUUCUUGGUAAAUGUUUUGUAUUGGAAAUUGAAAUAAAUUACGAUCAAUAUUCA